AUGCUACUCCCUGGCUCCACGCUCCUCCUGGCGCCGCUCCUCGCGCCACCGCCGGCCCGGCACGCUCCGCCGGCGAUGGGCGGCUAUACGGGGCUGCCACGGAUGCCCGUCAAGGCUUGGCCGCUCACACGGCGAUGGAACCCGACCCUCGAGUACCGCGAGAACAUUGCGACGCUGUGGCGAGACCUCGAGACGCUCUAUGCCGUCGAGGGCUCAACGAGCAUCGCGGGUGGCGGCGUCGUCCGGCUCGACGCGAGCCGUUCUGUCAAGGGCGACAAGACCGGACUGAGCCGCGGGCUCAACCGCGCCGUCGACCUGCGUGCCGAGCUAGUGUAUGAGAUGGCGCGGCGCGAGCCGUCUCUGCUCAACCCGGCGGUGAGCAACCGGUUCGUCUUUGCCGAGUCCAAGCGCCUGCUCGCGCUCAAGCUUGGGUCUGAGGAGGAGGCAAUCGAGGCGUGCGGCAGCCACCUCACCCUGACCGAGGCAAUUUCGGCGCGCGUCCCACCCUUCUCCGCUUUCCAACAGGUGAUGCGGCACGACCCGUCCAUCCUGCAGGCGGGCGACGCCAUUGAGGGCUUGGGCGUCGCGCAGAUCCGUGGCCGUGCCUUCGCCGCGAGGCUACGGCGCGCCGGCCCGCCCGUGCUGGCUGCAGCGCUUCUCGCUGCCGCCGCCGCCGCGUAUCUCGGGCCCGAGGGCGUUGCAUUUAUGAUGAUUGCGGAUUGGUGA